UUAACAGGUCCCCAAAGAACGGGGGAAAUGAUGAAGGUUUGGUCUUUUAUCCUCUUGCUGAGUUGGUUCACCCUGCAGCUUGAUGCUAACCCUGGGCUCAAAGUAAGGAUAACACAAAAAGGGCUGGACUUUGGCAAGGAGAUUGGGAUGGAGAUCCUGAAAGAAAGGAUAAAAGAGGAAAGCUUCCCAGAUUGGAACGACUCUGAGAAAUUUGGGCUUAGUGAGAUCAACUACCAUCUUUCAGGGAUAAGAAUUGACACCAUUGAAUUCCCCAAUACUGCUAUAUCCCUCAUCCCUGGGACUGGAAUAAAACUAACCAUUGAAAAUGCUUAUGUAAUCAUCAAGGCCAACUGGAACAUAAGGAGCUGGAUGUUCAAAGGCAGUGGAAGAACUACAGUGGUCAUCUCAGGAGUGUCUAUUACAGCAAUGCUUGUAAUGUCAAUGGAUAGCACAGGUCAUCCAUCAAUAUCACUUGACAGCUGUCAGAUGAUUGCUAGUGGUGUUGAAGUCAAGUUGCAUGGGAAAAACAGCUGGUUCUAUAAUAUGUUUACUAAAUUCCUCAAGAAGUCCAUCCACAGGAUCUUGGAUAGUAAUUCAUGUCCAAACCUCAGGCAGGAGAUUGAAAUAAUCGAUAUGGAGCUCCGAAUACUGCAGAUCCUAAUGCAGAUUGAUGACUUUGCCCAAAUAGACUACUCCCUGGUGAAAUCUCCAGCAGUUUUCCAAUCAUACAUUGACUUGGACUUGCAGGGCACAACCUAUCCAGUUGGAAACUAUCCUGCCCACCCCUAUGUGCCAGUUCCCUUUGCUCUCCAAGACAGCAGUGACUCCAUGCUCUACCUUGCAGUAUCAAAGUAUUCUUUUCAGACCACUGUAUUUGCAUAUUACACAACUGGGGCUUUUAACAUCAUCGUCACGGAUGAGGUUUGCAGUUAUUUUAAUAUAACUACAGAGACAUUUGGCAGUAUCAUUCCUGAGGUUGCCCAGUAUUACGCAGAAUCACAGCCGGUGAUGUUGAACCUAACGGCUACCAAAACACCUGUGAUCAGUUUACAGACAGAUGCCUUUACUAUUGAGAUCCAUGGCUCCGUGGAGGUUCUGGCUGUCCUGCCAGAUGCAACCACCCAAUCCCUGUUUACAGUAAACAUAACAACCAAUAGCAGCAUCAAUCUGACUUUAUUUGAUCAGAAGCUAAUCGGCUCAUUAUGUCUGAACAGGUUCCAACUCUCUCUGGCUGAUUCCAAUCUUGGCUUCUUUGAGAUCUCACUUUUGGAGAAUUUCUUCUUUUACAUUUUACACAGUGAAAUAAUCCCAUCAGCCAAUGCUAAACUAACAAAAGGAUUCCCUCUCCCAAACUUGGCCAAUAUUUCCUUGAAGAAACCUCUUAUUAAAGUUGAGCAGGGCUAUCUGUGGAUUUCCACAGAUGUAAACUAUGAACAGUAAGGAAGGAGAGACCAUUUGGAUGGGUCAGGAGCCUCACAACUGAUAUAACUCUGAAGCCUGACCACGGCCCCUUUAUACUGAAAUUGCUUUUACUCUGAUUUGAGAGAGAAGCCCAGAGGAAAUAUGGAAAUGAGUGCUGCAAUAUUCAGAACAUGUAAUGAUUGUAACAAGCAGGGAACCAUGGAAAAGGAUAUUGUGGCAUCUGUGUCUAUGGUUAAGUGGGGGAAGCACUUUUAUCCUGGACUUUGUACCUGCUGAAAAAAUAACUGUUUUAAAAGGUUAAAAUCUCUCUUUAAUUGAAGUCUUAUUAUGUAUUUUAUGGAAGCUUCAGUAUUCUUUACAGAGAGAAAAAUGUAUGCCAACGAGUUACAAAUGCAGCUACUGAGCCACGUUUAAUGGU